AUGAAUGACAAGUCGACAUUGCGGAUGGAGGUAAAUCCAUCAGCAAAUGGAAACACAAAUAAGUCGUCUAGUGAGGGAGUUGAGCAGCGACCAAUAAACGGAAACUCGUUGCACCUGCAGAAUAGUCUCACUUCAGGAAACGCGGGCCAGGUGUCUGGAAAUCUGAUCCCUCCAAUCAAAUCGACAUCUACUAAUCAGCCCGAACAUUCAAAGCUAAUCCCGAACCAGUCACCAAAUCAAAUACAACUACAAGCACAAAAUAACCACAACAGUACAAAACCCAAAGGAAAACAUUUAGUGGUACCGUCAAAGCACCAAAAUGUACGGCAACACCCACUACAUAUCGCCCCCAAGUAUGCCAAAAUUCAGCCAGCAAUAGCACCAAAACCAUCAAGCUCAGUGCCAUUGACAACAAAGUUUAAUCCAAUACCUAGCAGUAAGUUCCAAAUACUGAUGAAAUCAUCAUUGACUCAAGAUGCCACUAACUUAAACACGUCCAAGAAAUGGAUACUACCUCCUAGGCCACGACCUGGCCGGAAACGAACUGGGACAGAGUGUGACAAAGUCACAAAGAACCAAACUAACGGAACAAAGAGGAAAAAUAAGCCAAAGUUGGAGACAAAUGGUAAAAAUGGUGAUCUAAAGGGAAAAAUAGAGCAUGGCACGGAGGGGAAAAGUUCUACGAUGGUUGCAACAACUACGAUGCCCACCAUCAAAAAAGAAGCCGAUACAGCACCUACAACGGCUGGCUUAUUAGGCUCAAAUAAAAAAGAAAUUGGUGAAUCGAGAGAACCCACGGCAAGUGAUAUAACGCAACCCUCUAUUAAUACUAUAAAAAGAGAAGAAAGAGUCAUACCCGUAGCAGCAACGAAGACAGCUGUUGAACCGGAGGUGAAACUAACUACACAGGAAACAAAUGGAGCUAACCCAGGUCCACAACCCAACACCAUACCGAAACAACUGUUACCGGCUCCGCCUCCACCACCCUCAACAAAAUCCGAAGACCCAAAAGUCCAAAUGACAGAAUUAAAGAUGUCCUACUUGUCAAAAUUAAAAGAGCAAGAGAUUAUAAGAAAUUAUGUUGAGGUGCUCACAAACCAAAUCAAAGAGUUGAGCUUUGUACAAAAUGGAGUCAUCACUUUUGAUGCUUUGAAAAAUACUACUAAAGUUGCAUCUAAUUCUCAGCGAAUAACGUCAACAUUAACCAAAUCCAAAUGUGACCAAUUGGACUCAAUCAACAAUUUGAAUGAUUUGAACAAAUUUUUAACUUAUCUUAGCAAAUCCUCAGAUAUAAUUAAGAGUGCUAAGCGACAGCCAGAUGAACACACAUCUAAUUCGGAUAACUUGAACCAACAAAUAGAUAACUAUGUACAAUUGAGAAACCGUUUUAAGAUGUUGAAUCAAGAGAACGGGAAAAAGGCAAACAAAAAGAAGAUGGGUAAGAGUCAACCUGACUCUUUAGAGAGUACAAAACCCAAAGCCUCCUCAUCAACAUCGGUAACUACACCAAAGCACACAAGCCCCAAAUCGCCAUUUACCCCGGAUUUGUUACGUCCUUUAAAUGCUUCAAACUUGUUUAACGAUCCCAAUUUAGAUAUGAUGGAAAUGGAUUUGCAAACAGAAACAAUUGAAGCAUCUCCAUCAACUGUGGGAAUUUUGGCCGAUAGCGAUAGAAUAAAAGCUACUGGUGAUAGCUUGACUAUAGAUUUUGAAGCGACAAAAUUUGGAGUUGAGAGUGAUGCUGGUAACGAUGGUGAGUUUUUCCAUGUUGAUGAACAUGAUUUUUUAAGUAAAUUGGCGUUGGAUGAUACAACACCAACAGAGGAGACGGAAAUGGGUGAAGUUGUGAUACACAAGCAUAAUGAAGAAAAAAAUGAUCCAGCUAUUAACGAACCAGCUAGACAAAAUGAAGAAAAUGGAACUGAAAUUACGAAACGAAAUCCUAUUACUAAUGAUAUAAUUAUGAAGAAAAAAGUGAAAUUCAAUUGUGGCUUCUGUACUAAUGACACACCGUGUCUUUGUUUUGAUUCGGAUUUGGAAAUUAGUCGAUUGGAUUAG